AGUAGGCUUGUAUGUUCACAGCGUUCACCUAACAAUUCCAGUGUGUGGUUUGCUCUUUUCGAGUGCUUGAGCUCGCGCUCCAUUGAUAUUUAUGGACAAAAUGUCACUCAUCAAACUGUGCCAAUCGAAAGAUGUGGAUUUGGGAAAAAUCAGAGGAAUACUUAUGAAAGGUAAAGAGGACAGUGGCUUAGAUGAACUGGAUGACCAAGGCAUGACACCUUUACAGCAUGCGGCUUUUAAGGGAAAUGCUGACCUGGUCAAGAUGUUGAUUGACCAUGGCGCAUGCGUCAAUACUUACGAACAUAAUGAAGGCUAUUCGACCCUAAUGUUCGGAGCGCUCUCGGGCAAUGUGAAGGUGGUCCAACAGCUCCUUGAUGCUGGAGCGAAAACCCAUACAGUAAAUAAGGUUAAUCGGACGGCAUCAGAAAUGGCAGCCUUUCUGGGUAUGAAGCAUAUUGUGGCUACAAUCAAAGGCUAUGUACCUAUGUCUGAUAUCGUCUAUUACACCAAAAAGCAAGAACUGGAAAGUGAACCUCGGUUACCUUCUGAGUGGGCGGAACCGCUUAGAAUGCUGAUCAUGCAAGCGAACGUUCAUCCCGUUCGAGUUGCCUACACCCUGGAGGAGCAUCCGGAACUCGUAGACAAAAAAGUUUGUUCCGUCUUGCAAACAAUGAGUGAGCGUUAUUUUAAAAGAGAUGGAAAUGAAUGGCUGUCAGGAAAAAUUCAUUUUGUGAAGUGCAUCAUCGAGCACGUAUUGAAGAACGGUGUAGAAGAAUCCCUAAAAAGCUGGUUGAAGGGUCGACAACAGGACGGCUUCAAGUUGAACUUGGACAACUUUAUCCGGCAGUGCGUACGAAGUUAUGCCUUCCAUGAAAGCGGUGAAUUUCGUCAAAUGGUCACAACCUUAGCUCACACACCUCAAGCACCGCCUAUAGACGAUGAUGGUGCUAUUACCGUCUUUCUCGGUAUGAGGCCUGAUGGUGGAUGCCAAACGUGUUGGGAACUGAACGCUCAAAACCGCUGUGCGGCAUGCAAGGCCACGGUGUACUGCGACAGACGGUGUCAAAAGAUCGACUGGUCAUCACACAAAAAACUCUGCGAAUCGAUGAGCCUUGCUCACGAGGACGCGCAAGCUCCCUGCUUAAAGAAUUAAUUAUUUCGCUAUCAUUCUCAUUAUUACGCUUGCGAAGACGCCGAUCAUAUAACAGAGUUAUUACAUUAUUACAUAUUCAAAUUAGAGUUAUUACACUCUAUUUUUACAUGUCGUGAUUUCAUUGUCAAAUUGAGUGAAUGUAUCUCUAAUACAUUAAUGACAUAAGGUAAUUAUUACGACAGUUCGCGGUAGGUACUGCGACAUAGCCUACGAAGAAGGAAACGUGUUACAUAUUGUGCUAAGGCUGCUGACCUUGGUCUACAGGGGUAAUAAAAUAAAGCUAAACGUGUGCUGUACGGUG